ACCACAUGUUGACAUGUGGGGGAAAUAAAAGAAGGUAGCGAUCGGUAAAAAGCCUUAAAUUAGAAAAUGCACCAAUUACCAAAAAACAAUGCUUUGUAUUAUUGCAGGAGUUUGUUCAAAACUUAUAAGAGACGUUGGCUUAAUACAACUUUUCAAUUAAGAAAAAAAUGUCUCCACUGUGUUACAAACCUCCUAAAAUGAAUCUAUACAGAUAAGUUUAUGAAGAGAACAUGAUGUGCAAAUGUAAACAAACAUGGAGCUUUUUCUUUUGUUAGAUUCCAGUUUCUUCAUGAUCAAUGAGCUCUCACUUGUUAGAUUUCCCACAACAGCAGUGAGAACCAAGUAUCCUACGGUCAUAAUGUCAUUAGUUUAAUGUGAAAUCACUCUGUCAGUAUGACCGUGCAUUCACAGCAGAAGCCGAGAAUAUUUAAUGCGUUGUUCUGCUGUCAUAUUUAAGUCACAUUAGACGAGGCAGAAACGUUCAGUAUAUUCAAAAAGUGCUCAGAGCAACAGUGGUAACAGUGUAUAGUUAUAGUUUUACGGUUACAGUAUUUUGGCUCUGUGUAACUUGGUAAUUCUGCACAAAGUUAUUUAUAUUAUUAUAUUUAUAUUUGCCAUUCUCUGAGAACUUGGUUUCUCCAGUAUUACAUAAUACAAGGAUGUGAUCUUAUACAGCCUGGGAACUCAACAGCAAGUGGCCUCAAGGGGCAAUGGACAGUUUUUCAGAGCUUCCAGUGUAACCAGAGGAUAUCCUGGUCGAGAAUUUCUAUUUCUGCCUGUCAAAAAAGCAAAAGGAGAUUUAUUUAUUUUUCUCAUCCAGCUGAAGGACCCAUGAGCUGAUGUGGUGGUAAGGCAUCCAUCAUCCCUCCAUCCAACGCUCUACAGUUCGCAAGAAUCAUAAGAAUAAGCCUUAUUCUCCCACAUGGGAGAUUUGUCUUGGGUAAACGGUGCUACACAUAGCUGGAUUUGCAUAAAUAAAUCACCGCUUUUCCUACAGCAUUCGUCCGAUUUUUUUAUUUAUUAAUUUUUUUUCUUUGUGAAAGUCACCUGAUGAAUCUUCCUUCAAAUUGUAACCAGGGUUAAGAUCGUAUAAAAUGGAAAAGUGGCUGUUAUUUUACGUGUGGAUGUCCAUUUUCAUAGGAAUCUCAAUUAUUUUUAGAGUCUUGGUCAGAUUUUCUGCAAUGAGAUACUAAUUUGUUUCGGAUAUAACACUUGCAAGCUUCCUUGACUCCUCUCUGGACUUAAAUCCUCAUUAUUUUGUGCAGUACAGUCAAGCAGUGACAACAGAACUUGACACUUUCUUUCUGUACUUGACACAUUACAAUAAUCUGUGAGUUGCAAUGGAUCAUUAGCUACUUUGUCAUUCUCUAACCACAGGUUGCUCAAACAUAGUCUAUUUUUGGAGAUUUGAUCUCGUAUAUUACAGUAAUACUCAGUAAUAACUGUUAAUCAUCAAAAGAACAGUUCUUAGAAAUCACGAGUGUGCGUAAAUUUCAGAUUGUAAAUAAUAUAGAGGACUGAUCGUAUUGCUAUAUACCUUUUACCAGUUUUUGCCAUAUUAAGUUACCUGCUGAAGCAUUAUUGCAGCACCGCACUAACAUUGUACAGGAGCAGCCCACAUUGUGUUGAAAUUCCCAGUAAUUCUUUUUUAUGAUCUGUCAUUUACUUGGUGAUAUAGAGGAGCACUGGUUACCUCUUAUGUUUGACCUCAUCCCAUUGUCUAACCUGUAUUGACACUUCUUCAUUGACUUUAAGUGUAGGGGUCUUUGCAUUGGAAGUGUCUUAGGUUGGUGUCUCUCACUGAAAAAGACCCAUUCAGUGUCAGACUGUCUUUAACUAGUUUCUUCUUCUUCUCUUGACUUUUAACGUGAUUCUGUUGGACUACAUUGAGUCCAAACUGACAAAUCACAAAUCUAGCUGCCCCAUGUGCUAUUUCCAGAAUUAAAUUGGCUACAAAUUAGCUUUGACUUGGCGUGGUAUGACCUGAGAGUCUGUUAUUUCUGCCUUCUUGGUUGGAGCCCUUGCAGGACUAGCAGGUAAAUGGUGGCCUAGAGCAGAUGGAGCUGUGAAUUUAUCGGCUUCUAGGGUUGGAUUCUGUCUGGCUUUUGAUUGUCUUCACCUGGUCAGGUCCUUGAGCCCUCUGAAGCACUGUGACUCAUUAACAGCUGUAUUGACUGAGUCUUGUUCAGGAACUCAAAUAGAAAGAGUUUUCUCAUUACAUGUACAAUUCUUGGUACUCUAGUGGCAUUAUAAAGCAGCCCCCUCAAAUGUUACACAGCAGAAUUGUCUUUCACUAACUGAUGUAAAAUUUAGGGAAUUAACAAAUGAACUAACUGACAUGAGAAGUUGAAGUCAUCACAGAUUUGAUGGCUUGCUUUGGAAAGAUUUCAUUUUUUCUGAUGACAUUUCUUUAAAUCUUUGAAUUGCCACUCUAAGCAGACAGACACAUAGGGGAUGGAGCACUCCUCUCUUGUAAACAGUCAAAAAGUAACAUUUGAAAUUGAAUUGAUGUUCUGUGGACUCGGCCUUAAAAUAGACACAGUUUGUCAGAGUCACUUCUCUCUCUGACUCGAUGUGACUAACUCCAUGUUUUUAUUUACUUCAGUAUGAAAAAGUUCCAGAGAAAUUAAGUUCAGUGAACAUCAUAUCACUUGGGAGGUCAUUACCAGUUGGUUAUUACUAAAAAGAGAUUAUUGUUGAGCUUCUCUGUGCCCAGUAAAAUUUUGUUAUACUUUAUUUAGUUUUUAAAUGAAACACUAACGCACUUUUUCCCCAGCGACCAUUCCCUCUAUAGUUCGACUACGCACUCAGCCACCAUGUUUGCUCUUUAUUUUCUUAGUCUUCUCUGUUUAUGUGCACCCACUCUGUGCGUGUGCCUGUCUUUUAACCAUCCAUAAUAAGUGGUGCCUUAGGGUUAGCAGGCGCACUGCACGGAUCUUCCCUAUACUGUUUGUUAUCAGUUUUGCAACACAGCCAGAGAUGCCCAUUUCCCCUCAAGUCCUGCUGUGUUUAAGCUGCAGGUGGUGAAGAGAAUGAGAUUUUUAAAAUGAUGCUGCUCCUGUAGUGGAGCAGUUUUACCCUUUAUAAUGAAUAUAAAUAUCAGUGUAGUAGCAACUGCACAUGCUGCAUUGAAUUAUGUCGUGCCUGUUGCUCAUGUUAAUGUAAUAGUAAUGAUAAUCAGAAUUUGUGGAGCAGUUUCCAAAACAGUUUUGUGUGAUUUAAAGAGAGCCAAAGUUAAAGGCAUUCUAAUACUUUGUGAUGUCAAACUAAAACUGAGUUACCAAAAAACCGAACAGGUGAAGGGGAAGAUGGAAAUCAAUUUUAUUUUUUAAGGUAUUUCUGUUUAAGACUGACUGUCAUUUUUCAGGCCUUAAAAUGAGGGUUUCCUCUGCUGUGGGCAGGCCCUGUCAACUAAUGAGGUGUGAUUUCAAUCGCAGCGCUGUGCCUCCAGCACUUAACUAACAUUCUUGAUCUCAUGCAGUCUACAGUGUGUUAGUGAGAGUUAACACAAUGCUAAGAAACACUCCUACUUAAAGGACUUUAAAUUAAAUGUGUUUUCAUGGAACCCAAAUAUGUCUGACAUGAGGACAAACUCGUAAAGAAAGGACUAUUUGGAUUGGCGAGUUUAGUUAGCAUAGUUUGACAUCUGUAUGUCCACUGCAAGCAGUGUGUCUGCUCAUUGCAGUAACAAAUAACUUUGUGUGGAAAACGCUCUUUGAAGGAGAACACUUACCCUUUGGCUGAUUGGGUUUCAAGCACCCUUGUAACAAGGUUGUUUGACUGGGAAAAAUAUUGAAGUGAUCAGAGGGGAGGUAUAUUUUCAAACCUAAGGCCAUGUGUGUGAUUUUUAUCCGAAGCAUUUCCAAUGCUUAGAUUAAAGAAAUGCCCCCAUGAGUGUUUUUCUUUUUAUUGGUUUUUUUUUUUCAUUGCAUGAAAAUCAAUUAAUUAAAUUUCAACACGAAUGCCAUUUCACUAGCAUUGUUUUAGCCAAUAAAAGAACUGUGCUCUAACCGAUCCAAUCACGUAUGCAUUAACCUUUAGUGAGAAAGGAAUUGAAUAGAAUCUAUUGAUUCUGCAGGAAAAAGGUUAAUGUCAUUUAGCCAAGGAAAAUAAAAAUACAUGCUGCGCAGGUAGGUAGUGGUAACAAUUGUCAGACAGCUUCUGCGUCAUAGUCUGAAAUAUAGCAGCAAAAUUAUAUGGACAGUAUAUAUUAUUGUAUCCUAGUGGGAUGUUAUUAAUGUUAAAAAUGUUAUUAAAUAUAUGUAGGUCUGACUUCUUUCUGUUAAACAUGUAUCCCACCUUUCUUUUAUAGAGAGAACUUUAUUACAUAUAUUAAAUAUUCGACAUGUGCAGAUUUAUCUAUACAAUCUUGCAUCCUAACAACCAUCAAAUGGCUCAGCAAGUUUUCAUAUAUACUAUUUAUACAACUACUGUUUGGAGAGGUUUCUCAGUUUCUGUGCCUCGCUGUAUUCAGUCUUCAGUCUCCUUGAGCCUUAAGCUGAAAUCGUACCUUUUGAUGUAUGCAUAUCCACACGGAUCUAUCUGAUGUAAAAUGCAUCACCUGCCCGUGUCCACAAAGGUUUGGACGCCCAUAUAUGUAUGAAUCUAUGUCCCACUGUUAAUGCAUGCAGACAGGAAGCUCAAUAUAAGUAGGAGUGCUUUGUAGCUUCCUGAGCCACCAAAGUGUUAGCUACAAUAAAGAUAUGUUAAAACACAGAUUUAUUUUUUCCUGUGGAAGCAGGUGCAUCUCUCUCAUGUUGCUGAAGCUUGUCUAGUCAGUAAAAAUAGAAACAAAAAAAAUGAAGGUGUCCGAGCUAGAACGGUAAACCUAGCUCAUCUCGUCAUCUGUCAAGGCGCUGCGCUGGCCAAAAACAUGCCUGGACUCGACUGCUUAACAUAAUGUGACGGAUGUAUUUGUGCUACGUAGUUUUGCAACCACAGUGAUUUAAGUUUUGAAAUCCUGACGAAGAACAAACCAUUGCACAGCACUUUAUUUUUGCCUCUGAUAAACAGCUGAGCGCUAUAAAGGAGAGUAGUGUUGACUAACCCGAUGUCGUAACGGUUUUUUGUCAUACCAUUUAGCCAGUACAAAGUCUGAGCGUGUAGUUCACACCCUGUCUUCUACUGUGGCCUGCUCGUGAUAAAUGGUUUCCACUCUGGCUGUGUGGAGCUCCAAAACACCAGAAAUAAACUUCCGUUCAGUAAGCUGAAUGUUGAAAAGUGCUUUGUAAUAGUUUUGAGAACUACAGGCAGUAGUAUGCCUUUUUGUGGCCCUUUUUGGUUGUCACAUGGGAGGGUAAUGGAUUUGAGUAUAAAAGAUGUAAUGUGAUGUCACUGACCCACCAGUGGUAGGCAAAGGGUCUAUUGGAAAGUAAAUUCUGUAAUGGGCUACUCAAGCUGUCGUGGAUGACAGUCCAUUGAGAUAUAUGACUAUGUCAUUGUCCUGUAGAGGUGUAUGUGUGCGGGUAAGCUGACUUGCAUGGCGCGUGCUGAGGUGGGGGGAGAUCUGCAGCGGGAUGUCAGUCUUUGUGAUGCCAAGGCCACACAGAAGAUUUAGAGUGAUGCUGAUGGACUGGAGACACUAAUGACAGAUUGAUGUUAAAAAGAACUCAUUAAGAGAUUAGCAGGAUGCAUGCAGCCAUGCAGGGGAAUUAAAGUGUAAUGACUUUCUGAGUUCUGAAGUGACUGUUCUAGAUUGAGCAGCUGCAAGUUUCUGAAGACAGAUACUCUACGCACAAUGUCUACAGAGUAUAUGUGUUUUAACUCCAGGAGAGAAUAGUGAUUGAAAUGCAUGUUCAGCUCCUUAUUCUUCUGGGACUCUUCUAUUUCACUUGCAAAAUAACAGUUUAGUUAUCUCUACUCCUGCUGAGGGAAAGACGGAGAGUGCCAUUGUGUCACUGUGAACAGUGUGUUCUUGCACAGUUAUGUCAAGCAGCUUUUAGUAUUUAGGAAACUGUUAAUUACAGCAGUUCCAACAAAAAGACCACGUAUACAAAGCGUCUGAUCCAGGUAAACGUGCAGUUUCUAGAUCUAUUCCACUGAUGAUCGUUGAGCAAGAAGAUUAAAUUGAUGUUUGUCCUCCUUUUUCCUUUUCCCAUUUGUCAUCCUUAUAUUUUUUUAAUCAUGCUGUCUUGCUCCCUGCCACUUUUCUUUCAGCUGCAGUGGUCAGGGAUUUAGUGCCAUUUCACCCCAUCUUGCAAAGCCUGCAAACAUGAGACCUAAAUAAUUCAGUGCCAGCAGGCGCUCAGCUCUGACGUGUCUCUAGACUUGCACUAAAGUUAAUGGUAAAGCCUUAAGCAAGGUUCAAGCUCUGAAAGUAUAAAAACAGAAAUAUUCAUUUGGCUGUCAUUUUUGUUCAUGGUCAAAGCAAAAAACAAAACAAAACCCAAAAACCUGCAUUGCUUUGCAAAUGGUCCUCUCGGUGUUAUAAUUCGUGCAGUGUAACAAGAAAGGUGAACAAUUAGUUGCUUCUUCAUGCCUCAGCCUCGGGGAAAUGACCAAAUAAGUUUUAUUUUGGGGCAUUUUCCCAUCCUUAUAAUUAGUCUUUUCUAAAUUGAUUUCUAAUCAGCACAUGCCCUGCAGGCUUAAAUUUUAGAGUUUAGCAGUGAGCUACCUACAGCCCAUAAAAUGCUCAGUGUUCAUUUUGGUAUAAACUUUGAUAAACAGUUAAUUGAUACAGAGAGAAUAUUUGAUUUGGGAGUAUUAUUGCAUAAAAACAACAUAAUGCUUUAUCCAACAUGCUAAAUGCAUUGGUUCUCCUAAAGCUGGAAUAGACAGCAUUUAUUGGCAACACUUGACAAUAAACCCAAAACAUUUUCGUCAUUAUUUUGAGAAAGAACUACGCUUCUUCUUCUCCAGUUGGCUCUAUUUUUAGGAUUUAAAAAAAUCUAGGCCAUGACAGAAAACGUUGGCCAGUAACAGGUAUUUUCAGAUCUCGGCAGAGACGUACUAUAAAUUAGCAUAAUAAGCUGCAGCAAGAUACAUGCUUUUAUAGACCGUAAGCUACAACAGUAAGGUGGUUAAUGGAUUCUCCAAUUAACAGGCAAGUUAUUUUCCCCCAAACUCAAUACACUAAAAAAUAUAUGCUUCUCUUGAAUUUCAUGCCAGCAACAUGUUUCUAAAACAGGGACAGGCGCAUCAAGACGCUGGAAAACCAAUUAUUUUGCAACAGGUCAGCAGUGUGAUUGGGAUGUUCUUUUAUUUUUUAUACUCAUAGCGACAGUCUGUCACAAGUAAGGAUGGGCUUUCGUAAGCAGCACAGAAGGAAUUCAUGGGCACACAGUUGCGCAGUUUAAGAAGUGUUUUUUAACAUGUGACUGCAAACAGUGUGAAGACCUCAUCAUCUACAGUAAAUAAAUGAGGGCGUUGUGAUGGUGCGCUGCCACCUUACUGCAAGAACAUUCUUGUUUUGAAUCUACCACAUGGCUGCAGCCUUUCUGAGUGGAGUUGCUGGAAAUGUGAGUUUUUCUGCAUACUCUGGCUUCCUCCCAGAGUCCAGCGAUAUACACAUGAGGUUAAUUGGUGAUUCUUAAUUGGCCAGCAAUUAGUCUGAGAGCAAAUAAUUGACUGUGUCUUUGUUAGCCCUGUGAUAGACUGUCGACCUGUCCAGGGUGUACCCUGCCUCUCUCCUUAUAACAGCUGACAUAGGCUACAUCCCCCGGUGACCCUGAAUUGGAUAAGCAAUUAAAAAUAUGGACUACACAUUAAAACAUUAUGAAAUUUGGGGAAUUUUGAAAAAAAAACAAAAACUUAUGUGUACAAGGGCUGACUACCAAUAAUGAAUAGCCAUAAUCUUCAUCCAUUAAAAACGUCUUUGUUGGAAAUCGUUGCGUGGGCUCAGAUGCUCUCCUGAAACUGAUUCGGUGAACACAGUUCAGAGCUACAUCCACAAAUUAGAACUUUAUCUUGUAAAGAAAAGACUCCCAUGAAACAAAAUCCAGAAACACUGCUCAUUUUUCUGAGUAUGAAAGCAUUUUAGAAGUGAAGCUGAAAACUGUCCUCGAGUGUUUUCAGCACACAGUUCAAAAGCCUGCAUCCAUGACAUUCAUAGGGCUGCAUUAGUGCACAUGACAUGUGUAAACUGAACAUCCGUCAGGGUUCUGUUAACGUUAUAUAUACAUAUAAAGGUUUGGGAGGAAAAUAUGCUGCCAUCAAGAUGAUGUCUUUUUCAGCUUAAGCAUUGCUUAUUUUAGCAAGAUGAUGGCAAAUUAUAUAUUUUAAAUUAUUUACACUAUGACGGCCAUAAAAUAAAAUGGUCUUGGUGCUAAACUGCCAUGCAUGUAUCCCGUACCGAUCCAUUCUCUUAACCCUUUUCCAACCCAGGUCACUGGAGAACUUUCAUGGACACUGGAACAAGAAGCAUACACCUUGGCACCUUAGAACAUGUGGAAUAAUAAUACAGAAAGCCUGUACGUUCUCUUUGAUUUAGAACAUUUAGUAUAUUUUACCAUUUAGCAUAAUACAGACUUUAAAUUACAAAGCUGCUUGCGUCAGUGUCCCGACCGUUUUGAAAAGAGGGUUGUACAUCUCCAGAAGAGGGCUGUAAUCUACCCAGCACUUCCUCUGUAUCUCAGCCCUCCAACCCCCAUCCUCAAUUUAGUUGAAAUAGAAGCUGCCAUUUCCUCCUGUUGAGUGCAUGUUUCUCUAACAGAGAGGGCUGGCCUGAGAUUCAAAGGCUCAGAUGGUUCAAUUACAAAUGUAAAGGCAAUUGAGAGGUUUUAUCUAGAGUGUUUUUCAUGAAGCCACCAGCGAUUGUCAGAUCUCUACAUGUCUGAGAUUGCUUAAAACACCAAAGAAUAACUGCUCUCUCAGAAAGGUCGGAUUACUAGAUGAAUUAUUUAUGCUGUCCAUGUGGAUGAGGUUUGUUUCUAUUACAGCUGAACCAAAAUUGCUUUACACAAUCCUUUGGUGUUUUUUUUUAACUCUUUUAAAUGGUACCAGAAGACUGUUGAACACACAGACCAGUGUUCCUUCACCACAUAAUCGGAGAUGAACAUGAUACAGGAAGUGGUAUGUUUGGCUCAUACAUUCAGAGCUUGAGUUUCUUGGGAACCUAAGCAAAACAAGAAGGGGCGCAAACAGUUUGGACACGUCAUAGUUUUCCUUGUUGUCUCGUUGCCUCCGUGUGAAUGAAACUCUCCCCGUUUUAACCGGUAUUGUGCUCACAGCAGCAUGUUCAUCACAGACGCCCCACAGCUCCACUUCUCUUCUAUUAAUGCCCCGCCUCGCCUCGCCUUUCGCCCAUUCCUUCUCUCCUUCGUCUUUUUCCCCUCUAAGCCUGAAGCCAGUUUAACUCAGCCACACCAGCUGCCUCUUACUGCCUGACAUUAUUGCCUCUUCUUCGCCAUCCUGCCACCAUCUUUCGAGAGAGUGGUUCAGAAGUAAUACUAAAAAAAGAAAGAUGAGUAAUUAAUCAAUUAUAAAUUAGCCUAAUUUAUUUGACUAAAUGUGAGCUGUCAUCUGACUCUUAGAUUCAUAACAGCAUGUAGGUUGUGUAUGCUUCUCUAAUUUGAGAUUCAGGUAACGUGACGAAUUUCUUAUGCAUUUGCUCGGCUAGAAAGGGACCUCUUUGCACCUGAAUCUUAGCAAAUAUCAGAGCAUUUUAAAAAUAUAAUUUAGACUGCGAAGGACUGACAGUUUGGUUGACGAGAGGCCGACAAACCGAUGGUCACCAAGCCAAUGAAACUAGAUCAAUCACCCAUUCACACAACAGCUGGAUCAGCUGUUUUCAUAAGUUGCUUGUGACUGGCAGAAACAAAUUGGUAUUUUAUAUUCAUUACAGUUGUAAACACAAGCUUUACAGCUGAAGUGUGGCCUUUUCAGGCUAACGCUAAUAAAACAUCUUUGUCCAAAACAAAAAUUCCCAGCGGUGAAUCAUUUGCUCAGUUACUGUUCCACAGAGCACAGAUGCUUAUUAUUGAGUUAUCUUGGAUUAUCGGAUUUAUUUGAUUCAUAGCUUGUGGUAUAGCAGGAAAAAACAGGUCAGCUAGAUCGCAGAAUAUAAUAAGACACAUGAGGUUUACGGCAUAUUUAGGAUUCUUUUGUUGUUUUUGUGUUUAUCUAAACAUUGGUUCAAAAUCUAAAGACAAUCAGUUCACCGCUAAUUUAUUUUCUAUUCAGUUGUUUUCUUCAGUACUCAUGAACAUGAGUUGUGUACUCCGUCAUCCUUGCAGCUUCAUCACAAGGCCUGUUCAGCGAUACGCAUAAAGUGCCACCCAUCUGUUAUUAUUGCAUGAUUGUACCAGUGUGCGCACAGCCUAGAAAUAGGUAUUGAUGUCAGAGCUUUUCAGUAGUGAAGUAGUCUAUCUGAAAGACAUUUCAGGUGCAGACAACAUAGUACAACAUCAGAGAGAAGAUAUCCAAAGCAGGAUUACUUUUUGACAGACAGUCCAGGGUCUUUCUCUUUUUUUGUUACGUUUGAGCAAAGUCUGAAAAACAAAAAUGUCACGGGAGAGCUGCACUGUGGCUGAUCACGUGCUCGGACUCCUUUGAAGAAACACGUACAGCAUGUAAGUAAGCAAAGAAAAAAACCUUUACACUACCCUUCUUCUCAAGGGAUACGCAGUGUGCUUCAAAAAAAAGUAAAGAAAACAAGUGUCUACAUGAGGGUGCGUGUGUUUAGACCAAGAACAGAUUCAUGCAAUAGAUUCAGAAAGAAUCAAAUCGUUUCUACUUUAGUGAGGUAGAUUUAAUUGAAAUUUUAUACAAUCGCACUCACUCAACACUCAAGCCCCUAUAAUAAUUGAGUAAAGCUGCAAUUACAGAAGUAUUUGCAAAUUUAUUGAACUUCUUUUUCUCUUUUGAAAGCUAAAUUUCUACUUGUGAAGUGAUCUUUAUUCAUUUAUCCGUCACCUUUUCCAAUUUCUAAAAGACACCGGUCUUGCUGCUCUCUAGCAACAACUGGCAACACGAGCUCAAGAUUACAUCAUGCAGGUACCUUUGGUCUGCAGUUUGAAAAGCCUGAUGGAUCAGAAGAAAGUCUGCUAAAAUUCUGGAUGUGUCUCUUUUCUGUUUCUCUCACAAAGUCUCCCAGACAUCUAAGAGGGGCAGAUAUACUCUGCACUUUCAACAUCUUAUCAUAAGCAACCCCCUUCCUUAACAAUGACUUUCUCUGCCCAGGGUUUCGCUGCUGCUUUUCCCUUUCCUUCUUUCACUACAUCCCAUAUUCCUCUCCUAGUACGUGGAGGCGAUAAUCCUCUGGGUGGAUGAUUUAGAUGAUAUGCUAAGGAGUUCAUAAGCUUGUCUUUACCUGCAUAUAUUUUGUACUGUGUGCGUGGGUUGUGCAUGCUCAAUCUGUACUGUAUAUUUAAACAAGACUUUCAUUUUCAUAUUGGAAAUGUGGCCAAUUUAUAUUCUUAAUCCAAUUAUAUGAGAAAAACAUGGUUGUUGUCUGACUAGAGUUUCACAGAUUGCAUGUUGUGAUCAAACCUUUGUUUUUGAAGUGUCACUUCUCAUAUGCGUUCUGGAAGCUGUAGGGUUAUUGCAGCAUGAUGAUGAUUGUAUCAACGCAGCAUUGGCUUUAUUAACACUCUUUUGACGUUCUCUUCCUUGGCCUGACUUCCCCCUCAGGUAGGGAGUGAAUAGGUUUAAUCUAAAGUCAGCAUGCCAGAUGAUUAGUGUUGUUAAAUCCCAAACUAUGUUGUAAUGGCAUUGACCGGAAACGCGUUUUGAGUCAAAGCCACUGGAAGGGAAGCUCCCCUUUUUACAUUUGCCAAGUGUGUCCACUCCUCCAUCAUACCUUCCUUCCUUUAUCUUUUUCUCUGUUGACAGUUUCCUGCAGGUGCAAUGAGACUUGAUUAUUAGAACGUUUCCUUUUGUCUAACUAAAAAGUAGAGUUUCAAGUGGCUGAAGGAGAUGUGGAGACACUGCAUGCACACGGUCAAAAUGACGUGAUUUCAGAUAAAGAAACGUCAGCUGUAUUCUCUUCACGACGAGUUUGUUGGAACCUCAUCCAAAACUGGUUCUUUAAAAAAUAUACAAGCAUGAAAACAUGACCUGAUAGAAAAAGUUGGUUCACUGCAGACAGAAACACGGUUUGUCCUUGCUUUCCUUUUAAACCUUUCUAUUGGGGAUCAGCUGUGAGUAUGCAGUGGCAUUGUGUUCGGUAACGCCGUACCACAAUAUGGUGCUGAAAAUGUCUUUGUUGCAGCGUUGUUGCUAUUCCAAGCCAGUUAAAGGGGUUUACAAAGGCAGCUCAGGUUUUUUGUCUGCCAUGAGCUAUGUGCUUCUGUGAGGGAAGGUAUCUCUCAUGGCUCUAGUCAACCAUGCUUCCAUUAGAAAAAAGAUGAUCUAUUGAAAUAACGCCAAUGACCUCCAUCCACCGAGCUUUACUAAAGAACGCAUCAGACCAUGAUUUAUUGAAUGCUUCGCGUCUCUGUGGAGGUCACUGUCUGCUAGAAUCUUUUAUAUAUGGUCUUAAAAACUCAUCCAUACUAAUAUGUGUCUCCCAUUAAGUUUCACGACCAGUGAUGCAGUUGAUGACAUACAACAGAAAAAUGUCUAUACCUCCAGCUGUUAGAGUGAUAGUAAAAAGUGAUGUCCUUUAAUUUAUUUCGGUAUUGAUCAUGUACUGUUGGCCUUUGUUUCGUUUAUCAGUACCAGCCUGGGUAUCUGUCCUUGAGUAAUUCAAAAGAGGGGCCAUUGCACUUACAUGUACACAUGUAAGAUAGCUUCUUUUUUUUUAAUCUUUCUUUACAGAGAUUGGCGAGCAAAAAUUCAGCCUGCAACAUAUUUUUCAUUAUAUACUGAAAUAAUCAGGUGUAUAAUGUAGUUUGCAUAGCUUUCAAUUAUUUUUUUGAAUAACCAUUUUCUACAGUCAAUACAAUUGACAUUUUUGCUAUAUUUAAAAAAAAAAAAAAAGAAAAGUCCAAAAAUCAUUUAGAUUAUUUUGUAACGUUGUAAUUGGAACACUCAGUUACUGUAACCAUGGCGUGACAUGAUAAGAAACCACAAAUUCACCAUGCAAAAAGAAACUUUUAAAGUGGUCUCAGGAAAUUGGAUGCUGUGUAAAAAUGUCUAUUAGAAAAAAGAUUGCAAUGAUUUGAAAAUGUGUGAAAUUAUAUAUUUAAUUGAAAACAGUGCAAAUUCUGCAUACAACAUGUUAGAAACGUUAUAAAGUUAAAAAGUGUAAAAACAUUUCUGAAAUACCAGUUGGAUAUCUAGACGUUUUUAUCAUUUUAUGUAAGAAAUACAAAAAUUGCAACAUCUUUUCUGGUUACAGCUUUUCCUCAGCUGUGGAACAGAAAUGCAGAAGCAUGUCGUCCAUUGAUCCCCACUGGAGUUUCUUGAACUUCCCUACGUCUUUCUAAUCUUACACAGUAAUUGAUCUAAAGCCAGUGUGUUCCACAACCCAGUUUUAUUUCAAUUACUUUUUGAUAGAGGUGUAGAAGCACCUGUGUUCGUCACAGGAUGUGAGACUUCUUUUUGGUGUGGGAUGUGCACAAAACAUGAGCAUAGCUAAGCUGAACGGCAAUGAUAUGGAGCUCAUGCUAGUCUAUUUUGUCCAGUAAUUUUAAUAAAGUUAUUUAAACACAAAGUUAUUGCUUAGGGAAAAAAAAGCAAGGCAACAUUACUGCACAGUUCAAAAACUGAGGUUUAAAUUCAGGCUUUAAUGGGGGGGGGUUUAGCAUUGUUUUUGUUUUUUUUAUUUGGGUUUUUUUUAUAUUUGAGAAUUUACCCUUACAAUUUUAGGAACUUUUUUUUCCUGGCAUUAUGUCAGGUAGAUUAUUCUAUUCCUUGGCUGCGUUCAAACUUUACCGAGCUGUGACCCCAUGCGCAGAGUUACAUUCCAAAAUUUUUAAUACAUUCUUUUAGCUUAGGUAUUCAGCGUGGACACCCACCCAGGGAAAGGUGAACGAAUCCUGAAGCUUUCCAGUCAUCAUCUGUCAGAAGCCUACUAAAAUAUUGCAGCUUUCAGGAAGUGUGGAGUCUUUCUGGGAGGCUUGCUCUUUUGAAGCCCUGCUAUUCCUCCAGCCCUUCUUGUCACAACAUUGCACUGGCAGUCGUUACAGUGACAAGCUCAAAGAAAGCUGCCUGGAUGAAGAGGCGUGGCCAGAUAAGAGCCCUGGCAAGUUCACUGAGCUGUUGACAUUUCCUCACAGCAAGUCCCCUGGUUCUAAUUGGCUACUGCUGAUAAGAUUCCCAUGUUGUAAUUGGCAGCUGCUGAUAAGAUGCUGUCACCUGCUGCAGUAGUCAGCAGCACGGGGAGAUGACAACGACUCAGCAGUCAGUAGGCGGACAGGGCUAAAUCCAGGGCCUGAACCUUGUUUUCCAGAGAUUCUAUUCCAAUCUGGGGUUGGCGCUGGCUAUGGCAAUCGUGCAGACCAGGGAGCAGAAGGCAUCUGCAACAUGACAAUGGACUCCAACUCGAUUACGAUGCCGAUGUCAGACCCCAACGCCUGGGCGACAGCUAUGAAUAACCUGGGGAUGCCUCCCAUGGGAAUAACUGGACAGCCACUCAUGCCAGAUUUUGACCCUAGCCUUGGUAUGAUGGCUGGAAUUACCCCCAUGAACCCAAUGAUGCCCGGCCUCGGUAUGGUACCUGCACCUCUCUCCCAAGACGUACCGGUUGUCAAGGAGAUCAUCCACUGCAAAAGCUGCACCUUGUUCCCCCCCAACCCCAACCUGCCCCCUCCGGCAACCAGAGACCGCCCUCCGGGAUGUAAGACUGUGUUUGUCGGUGGUCUGCCAGAAAAUGCCACAGAGCAGCUCAUCAUGGAGGUCUUUGGACAGUGUGGCGAUAUCACAGCCAUACGCAAAAGCAAGAAGAACUUUUGCCAUAUCAGAUUUGCGGAGGAGCCAACUGUGGACAAGGCGCUCUUCCUGUCAGGUUAUCGUAUCCGUUUGGGUUCAAGCACAGACAAAAAAGACACUGGACGCCUCCACGUCGACUUCGCACAGGCCAGAGACGACCUCUAUGAGUGGGAAUGUCGCCAGCGCAUGUUAGCCAGAGAGGAGCGUCACAGACGCAAGAUGGAAGAAGAUCGCCUCCGGCCACCAUCCCCUCCUCCCAUCGUCCACUACUCUGAGCACGAGUGCGGUCAGCUGGGAGACAAGAUCAAAGAUGACGGCAAAUUUCCUGAAGCGGUUCGUGUGCUCCUGACCUGGCUUGAACGAGGCGAAGUUAACCGCAGAAACGCCAACAACUUCUACUCCAUGAUCCAGUCCUCCAACAGCCACAUCCGCCGGCUGAUGAGCGAGAAGAGUCAGCAUGAAAAAGAGAUGGAAGAAGCCAAAGACAAGUUCAAGACUGCUCUGGCUGGUAUACUGGCUCAAUUUGAACAGAUUGUGUCUGUAUUCCAAGCUGCUUCCAAACAAAAGGCAUGGGACCAUUUCUCCAAAGCUCAGCGCAAGAAUCUGGACAUGUGGCGCAAACAAGCAGAGGAGAUUAGAAACGUGCACAACGAGCAGCUGAUGGGCAUCAGACGAGAGGAGGAGAUGGAGAUGUCUGAUGAUGAUAUGGAGGAUGCCCCUGACAGCAAGGACUCUGAGGACUCAGGAGUUUCCCAAGCAGAGGCAUUAAAGGAGGAGAACGACUCCCUACGCUGCCAGCUGGACGCCUACAGGAACGAGGUGGAGCUGCUAAAACAAGAACAAGGCAAAAAUCAGCCAAUUAGGAGCGAGGAGGACAACACUCACUCACAGCAGCUCAGCUUCCUGCAGCAGGCUCUGCAAGGCAUGCAGAAGCAACUGUUAAAAAUGAGGGAAGAAUUAAAACAGCGGGAGGCCGAGCUGGAGAAGAGUUUGGAGGAAAAACAACAGCUGAAGAAUCAAGUGCAGAACCUGAAGGAAGGUCUCCAGAACCUGCAAAACGCACACGUAAUGCAGCUGGAGAUGUCGAAGCAAGACGACAGAGGAAGCGAGGAGAGCGCUAAUCAAAGCAGCGAAGCCACAGCGUCGACGGUGGUGUCCUGCAGUCAGGAGAAAGAAGGUCCCACAGAGAGGAAUCCACCAAGUCCUGUCCACUCCGAGAGGGAAGCUCUGCUAGUUGGGAUCAUCUCAACGUUCCUGCACGUCCACCCGUUUGGAGCCAGCAUCGAGUACAUCUGUUCAUACCUGCAGCGUUUGGACACCAAGAUCAACCCCACUGAGGUGGAGUCUCUUCUCUCUCGGCUGCCCUGCACCUUCAGACAGGAGCUAACUGGUGUCGGAGCCAGUCUAGAGAAACGCUGGAACUUCUGCGGCUUUCAGUGCAUCAAGAGCACGUAGAGACGGCCGGUGGCACUUGUGGAGGAGAAAACAGGCGGACAAGGCAACACUGAGAUACUGUAGACAUGUGAAAGAAACCUGCGCCUGACUGUACGAGGACACAGCAGACUGAGCACAGAUCAGAGAGGAAAGUUAACAGCAUUUCAGGGACUCUGUGUGGGUGGCAGAGACGUGCAAAUGCUGCAUUUCUAUGGCUACAGUAGUGUUGACACCAAGCCCUGGUGAUGCAGUCUUCAUGAGCUUGAACUCAGUUUCUCGAUGUCGGCUAAAUAUUUUUAGACGCGAUGACUCCCCGCGAGUCGCAGAACAGCACCAAUUCCUACAGUCACUGGAUUAUUCUGUAGUUUUUUGCCCACAGGGGCAGGGCAUUGUGAUUUCAAAGCCUACAGUCGGCUCUGUGUGGUGUCAGUGUGGGCCCGGUCUACAGGGCUACACUGGGAGGUAAUCAGGGUACGCCUGAACACUUCAAUCCUCCAAACCCUUUGGCCUCCCUCUCUUCUCUUUUUUGCUGUUCCUCGUUUGUAACAUAGAUCAAAAAAUAGAUAUAUUUCUUCAUUUUCUGUAAAGGCGGUUAACAGUUGCAUAGAAUCAUUUGUUGUAAUACACUGUAAAUGCUUGGAUGAUAUUUUUGAUUAUAAAAAAGAUGUUUGAGUAUACAUAAA